AUGCAACCAGUACCCCCUGCUCCUUUCGGAGCGGCCGCAGUGUCCGCUACUCUGGGUGCGGGGAUGGAAAACUCGUUUCGUGUCACUGAAUCAGUCGAAGAGAGGGAAGAGAGCGAACAAUCUACCAGCCAAGAGUCAGAAAAGGCGAUCGCACACAAAGAUGAAGAGAGGAUAGCCUCCUUGGCAAGAAGUCUCUCGCACCUGUCCGAGAAGAGCAACAUCGGCGAGGGCACGAAUACCUUUUCCCAAGAGCCCAGCGAUCCUCAGCUGAAUCCAAACUCGGAUCAAUUCGACGCCCGCAAAUGGACCCGGAACCUGCUCCAGAUUACGUCCCGCGACCCAGACAGAUACCCUCGUCGCACUGCAGGCGUCUCUUUUCGUAAUUUGAAUGCUUUUGGCUACGGGACCGCAGCGGACUACCAGGCAAAUGUAGCCAAUAUGUGGCUGAAAGCUUUCGGCUGGAUGAGGGGCGUGCUGGGUCACCGAAACAAGGUCCGGAUCGAUAUCCUCCGCAACUUUGAAGGACUUGUACGCAGUGGCGAGAUGCUCGUGGUGCUUGGUCGACCUGGAAGUGGCUGCUCGACCUUCCUCAAAACGAUCGCCGGAGAAACACAUGGGUUGUGGCUUGACGAAGGAACCGACAUUCAAUACCAAGGCAUCUCCUGGGACGAAAUGCACAGUCGUUUCCGUGGAGAAGUGAUCUACCAGGCCGAAACAGAGAUACACUUUCCGCAACUCACCGUCGGCGAUACUCUACACUUCGCGGCCCAUGCUCGAGCCCCAACCAAUCGAUUCCCGGGCGUCACGCGCGAACAAUAUGCAACCCAUAUGCGAGACGUAGUCAUGGCAAUGCUGGGGUUGAGCCACACAGUGAACACGCAAAUUGGCAAUGAGUAUAUUCGUGGAGUAUCAGGAGGUGAAAGAAAACGAGUUAGUAUAGCUGAAACGAUGCUAUGCGGCAGUCCGUUGCAAUGCUGGGAUAAUAGUACACGAGGCCUGGACUCUUCUACAGCUUUGGAAUUCGUCCGACGGCUACGGCUCUCCACUGAUUACACCGGGUCAACAGCUAUCGUGGCCAUCUAUCAAGCUAGCCAGGCGAUCUAUGAUGUCUUUGAUAAGGUGACUGUUCUCUAUGAGGGUCGCCAGAUUUAUUUCGGUCAUGCAGACGAUGCUAAACGGUUCUUUGUGGAAAUGGGAUUUGAUUGUCCUGAUAGACAAACCACAGCAGACUUUCUUACCUCAUUGACCAGUCCUACAGAGCGAAAAGCCCGUGCGGGAUUCGAGCAUCUGGUGCCCCGGACACCGGAUGAAUUCGCCUCCCGGUGGAAAGAGAGUACGGAAAGAAAGCAACUUCUUGCGGAAAUCGAGGCUUUCCAGGAUGAAUUCCCUCUGGGAGGAGACAAAUUCGAGGAGUUCUCGCGGUCCCGCGCAGCCGAAAAGGCAAAAGGCACAAGAGCCAAGUCACCUUACACCCUAUCCUACCCCAUGCAGAUCCGCCUAUGCCUUCGACGUGGUGUCCAGCGCCUUAAGGGAGACAUGGCCAUGACUCUCACCACGAUUAUUGGCAAUAGCAUCAUGGCAUUAGUCGUCGCCAGUGUUUUCUACAAUUUGGACAAGACUACCAAUAGCUUUUUCCAGCGUGGCGCCCUCCUCUUCUUUGCCAUCCUCCUCAACGCUUUUGCAAGCGCCUUAGAGAUCUUAACCUUAUGGCAGCAACGCCCAAUUGUGGAGAAGCAUGAUAAAUAUGCACUGUACCACCCGUCUGCGGAAGCGAUCAGUUCCAUGAUUGUGGAUUUGCCGGCGAAACUACUAGUCUCAGUGAUAUUUAACAUCAUCCUCUAUUUCAUGUCAAACUUACGCCGCACAGCGGGACAUUUCUUCGUGUUCUACCUCUUCUCUGUGACUACAACGCUCACCAUGUCCAACAUCUUUCGCUGGACCGGCGCCAUCUCGCGUUCCAUGGCCCAGGCAAUGGUUCCAUCGUCCAUCUUUAUGAUGAUCCUUGUCAUCUACACAGGAUUCACUAUCCCAGUGCGAGACAUGCAUCCCUGGUUCCGAUGGCUAAAUUACCUGAACCCGAUCGGCUAUGCUUUCGAAAGUCUGAUGAUCAACGAAUUCAGUGACCGUCAGUUUCCCUGCGCGUUCUACGUGCCUUCGUACGACAAUGCACCACUGAGCUCCAAAGUCUGCAGUGUAAACGGCGCGAUCGCCGGUCAAGAUUACGUUGAUGGGGACCGUUUCAUCAACGUUACGUAUCAAUAUUAUCGCUCGCACCUGUGGCGCAACUACGGCAUUCUUUGGGCAUUUUUACUGUUUUCCCUAGCCUGCUACGUCGUCAGUAGCGAACUGGUCCGCGCCAAACCUUCCAAGGGUGAGAUUCUCGUCUUCCCUAGAGGUAAAAUGCCCGCUUUCCUUCAAAAGAAACAAUCGAACACUAGCAAAGAUGUGGAAAGCCGCCCUCCAAUGGCCGAAGAGCGGCGGGUAGCCGGAGGAGCGGUUGCUGAUGAUCCCGAAGAACAUACCGCGGCGAUUGUUAAACAAACCUCGAUCUUCCAGUGGCAAGAUGUCUGUUACAGUGUCAAGAUAAAAGGCCAGAGCCGAACCAUCUUGGAUCAUGUUGACGGAUGGGUCCGACCGGGCACGCUGACGGCUCUGAUGGGCGUGACAGGCGCCGGGAAGACGUCUCUGCUAGAUGUGCUCGCUAACCGCGUGACCAUGGGCGUGGUAACGGGCGAAAUGUUGGUCGACGGACGCAUGCGUAAUAACUCCUUCGCCCGAAAGACGGGCUAUGUUCAGCAGCAGGACUUACACCUGGAAACGAGUACCGUGCGCGAAGCCCUGAUCUUCAGCGCCAUGCUCCGUCAACCGGCCAGUACCCCGCGCGCGGAGAAGAUUGCCUACGUAGAGGAAGUGAUCAAGAUGCUGAACAUGGAAGCGUACGCGGAAGCAGUAGUCGGGGUCCUGGGCGAGGGCUUGAACGUCGAACAGCGGAAAAGACUGACAAUUGGCGUAGAGAUUGCCGCCAAACCAGAUCUUCUUCUCUUCUUUGAUGAGCCCACCUCAGGUCUCGACAGUCAGACGGCCUGGUCCAUUUGCUCUCUGAUGCGCAAGCUUGCCGACCACGGCCAAGCCAUCUUGUGUACCAUCCAUCAACCGUCCGCAAUUCUCAUGCAAGAGUUUGAUCGCCUCCUUUUUCUGGCAAAGGGCGGACGCACAGUUUACUUUGGCGAGUUAGGUCCAAACAUGGAGACCCUGAUCAAGUACUUCGAGCACAAAGGGUCUGCAAAGUGUUCUCCAAAUGCCAACCCGGCCGAAUGGAUGCUCGAGGUUAUCGGUGCCGCCCCAGGAUCUCAUACAGACAAGGACUGGGCCGAAGUGUGGAAUGAUAGCCCCGAGCGGACGCAGGUGCGUCAGGAAUUGGGGCGAUUGAAGGAAGAGCUUUUGCAGCGACCACCACCUCCGCAAGUGACUGGGUACGGCGAGUUCGCGAUGCCGCUCUGGGCGCAAUUCGUCCUGUGCUUGAGACGUAUGUUUCAACAAUACUGGCGCAGUCCAUCGUACAUCUACUCCAAGGCCGCCAUGUGCAUUAUUCCUCCUAUUUUCAUCGGCUUCACCUUCUGGCGCGAACCCACCAGCAUCCAGGGCAUGCAGAACCAGAUGUUCGCAAUCUUCAUGCUCCUCAUCAUCUUCCCCAGCCUCGUGCAGCAGAUGAUGCCGUACUUCGUGAGUCAGCGGUCGCUGUACGAGGUGCGCGAGCGCCCGUCCAAGGCCUACUCAUGGAAAGCGUUCAUGCUGGCUAGCAUCCUCGUCGAGUUACCCUGGAACAUCCUCAUGGCUGUACCCGCCUACUUCUCGUGGUAUUACCCGAUCGGCUUCUACCGCCAUGUCCCAGCAGGCACGGUGACGGAGCGCGGCGGCACCAUGUUUCUGCUGAUCCUGGUCUUCAUGAUGUUCACCUCCACCUUCAGCUCCAUGGUCAUCGCCGGGAUCGAGCAGCCCGAGACCGGCAGCAACGUCGCGCAGCUAUUGUUUUCCUUCUGUCUGAUCUUCAACGGCGUCCUCGCCUCCCCAACCGCCCUCCCACGUUUCUGGAUCUUCAUGUACCGCGUCUCCCCCUUUACCUACCUCGUCUCCGCAGUCCUUACCGUCGGCAUCGCUGGGGCAGACGUGAACUGCUCCGACAUCGAGCUCCUUCACAUCCCACCGCCGGAGAACCAAACCUGCAGCAAGUACCUGUCUCCCUGGGUCGAAGCGACGCAGGCCCGCCUCCUCAACCCCACCGACACGACCGACUGCCGCGUCUGCGCGUACUCGACGACGGACCAGUUCCUGGCCGGGCUGAGCAUGUCCUUUGGCGACCGGUGGCGCAACAUUGGCCUGUUAUUCGUGUACGUGGUGUUCAAUGCGGCGGCCGCUGUGUUCCUGUACUGGCUGAUCCGGGUGCCGAAGCGGUGGGGGAAGAAGGUUAAGCAGGAGUGA